GAGUGAUCGUAGUAACACCGGCGCGUCUCCUCUCGCGGCUUCUCGUGCUUGUCUCGGAAUUAGUGAGUAGACAGAAUUAUGUCCGUGAGCAGGCCAGCUUGGCUCAGUUGAGACUUACUGCUCAGACCGUGCACACCGCAUGCCACGAAUCUUUCCCACUUACAUACAUAUAUACCCGCGGUCUUCCUGAUGUGAUUAGACUAGUCCCGCGAUCAACCGGCGACGCUCCGGAUCACUCCGGACCAGUUUCGUUUAACACUUGCUCUCUCUGCGCGCAGACACCGGGCCGUUCAUCUUCUUCCGUCUGUCUGACCGUCCGUCUGUCCUGGUACGAUUCUCUGGAUCACUAACUCGCUUUGACGGGAAGAGCGCGCGGCUUUUUACCAGCUGGUCGCACCUAGGCGACACCGAAAUCGCUUCGGCUCUCGCGGGUUGCACGGAUGAACGAUGGGAUCCGUCGAACGAUAACAGUGGUCGCAUGCCGAUGAACCAAGUGGUACCGCUUGUUUCCGAACGAUCUUGACUGGGAAAUUGAACGUAGUGGAACUUUGUUAAGACGAAGAAGUUUGCUAGACGAAACUGUUUCCUAUUUGUCAUGAUGGGAUUCUUCAGGUUCUUCGUGUUGAUCGUUUGCGUUACGAAGAGUGUCUCGUGUCACCAUCAUCAUCACGUGCACGUGGAAGAUAAGGAGGAAAAUGUUGUGGACCACGUGAAAAGGUACGCGGCCAGGAACGAAGAGAACGUGGUCCUGCCUGAAGAGAAGAAUAAGAAGAUCCAAAUAGGUGACGAAGUUAAAGCGACAGUUCCAUUCAGCGAAAAGAGGCUGGAGAAAAUGUUGGAAAAGGCUAUAUUAAAGAUAAUCACAGGUGACCUCAGUACAGGUGACAUGUUACUUCUGAAGAGUCUGAACUACAGCCUCGAGGAGGUGCUCGCGAUUCGUGAACGGGAAUUGAAUAAGAAGAAGGACGAAGAAAUUAGGAAGAAGGAAGGCGUCAAGUCCUCAUCGAAAGAGAAGAAGAGUAAAUACUGGGUCCACUCGUCGAAGAAACUGGAAGAUGCGAAAAUUCGCGAAAAUAAAAAAAAUCGACACGUGGAGAAGCCUGUUUACAAAGACUUCGAUUUCGAAGCUUACAACCGACAGGCGAUCCUCGACUACGAGAAUCUGCCCACUAAUUUGGAAUUCCAACCAUCUUCGUCUGAAUAUGUCGAAUAUGAAAAGACUACUAGAGCCUUCAAGGAGGACGACGACGAAAUGAACAAUCUUCAUCGGGAUUUGACCAGGGCUUUAGAGCCUCACGUGGUCUUCAAGAUCCGCUAUGACGACUCCGAGUUCGAUUCUAGUUCAGGCUCAGACGAGACUGCUAAUCGCGUAAAGUUAUCGAAGCAUCAAAUCGCGAGACACACGACUUCAAAAAGUACUGCCGAACCCUUUCAUACGACACCGUCCGUUCCUUCAACUACUGUCACUGCUGUGCCUCUGGUCUAUCAAUUGAGCACAAAUAUUAGGAACAAGUACUCGAAUGAUUAUUCCAGCACGACGAUGUCUUCUGCUUCGACUACGACUGUCGAUACCGAGACUACAGCGGUUGAUGAAAUACCGAGGGAUGAAAAUGGAACGAAUAUAACCGUUCCGGAGACGAAUUCCACCGAGGGGACUGACAUGUCGAAAAGCGAAGAGAAAAUCAGUGGAAAUAGAAGAACCGAGUACGAAGGGUUAGAGUGGGUUGAGGACGACGUUUACCGGGUGAUACCGCAGUUCGCGGACUCCCUCGGCUUCGAGAAUACCGAAGAGACAUCCGACUCUUACGAGGACUCUAAUCAGAAUUCCUCAUUGACGUGGGACGUCGAGGAGAACGAGAACGACACCUCGGAGUACCAGAACGACCCUACGGAUUCUGUGAAGUUCGUCAACGCGUCGGCGAGCAACCUACCCCUGGCCAAUCUCUCCACCUAUGUACAAAUGGCCAUCGCCCAUCGACGAGGAGGAAACGUAACCUCAAGCUUCGACAGCCAGGGCGAGAAAGCCAUCGAGGACAUCAAGUCGCGGGUCCUGGCCCUCACCGGAAGGUUCAACCACAGCACCAACGCCAACCAGGUGCAACGGGAAAGGCUCACCAUGUUCUCGCCUACCUGUCAAAUCCCACGGAACACGGAUCAGGACGCUUGGGCUGAUCCAUACUCGAUGAACAUGCACUUUCAGCUGAAUCUAACGUCCGGUGACCACGUCGUCGCCGCUAAACUAAGACUGUUCAAGUUACCGCAAGAAAAUUCGACUUCUUCGUCAGAGAGCACGUUUGAUGAAGACGAGGAAGAUGAGAAGAAAAUUAGGAUAUCGGUGUACUACUAUACGAAGUCGUUAAAGAGGCAUCGUUCGAAGAAACGUUUAAUGGACUCUGUGGUGACGCCGCUCACAUCGUGGGGCACUCACCUGGCCAUGGACGUGAGGCAGGGUCUACGAUUUUGGAAACUAAAUCCACGGAAUCCCCACGGAAAUGGUAGCAACCACGGUUUAGUGGUGCAAGUCGAAGACCAAGAUGGCAGGCCGCUGAAACCGGCUCUCUAUAUUCAACAACCUUCCUGCGGGGAGCAGGAUUCAGAUCAGAAGGCAUACGAGCGAAUACCUGCACUCUUCGUACGAGCCUGUGCUCGUUACGUUCGCAUCGUAAACGGCAGGACGGAGACGUUCGUCAACUGCAGACACUAAACCGGUGAAGGAAACGCUUAAAACGCAGACAAUCAGAAAAACUACGCACUCCUCACUCGAGAAAACGAUGUUCACGAUCAUUUUUAACGUCAACAAACUUCCAUCCGUCACCGGGUCAGAACAGAAACAAGGCAGCCAUUAACGAUGAACGAUAAUUUAUUAAACGGGUAAUAUUCGAUAUAUCGAAA